UCCAGAUUCUACUGGGGUGAUGUACAGUUUGUAUUUGAAAAUAGUUGGUCUCUGAAACACCAGAAACAACCUCUUUGGGGUUUUUCGGUUAGUCUGGACCAGGCUUGUGAAGGACUCUGUCCUCUCACCCUCCGCCCAGGUGACCUCUGAAACCUUGUGUUGUUUAGAAGGCCAAGACCACACCAGGUCCAAGCCAUCUGGUCCCUGGUCUGUCAGGGCCCUCUGCUGGUUGUGGAGCCUCCUGGACCUCUACUGCUCCCUGCUGGAGCUACUGCUCCAGGCAGUGAGCUAAGCUGAGUGGGCCACACUGAGCGGGCCCCCAGCUUCUCCCAGGACCACAGAGGCCCGAUUCUUGGUGGACUACCACCUUAAAGUUCCUUUCCUGCCUCCCCGAGCCCUCUUUACCUCCGUUAUGCCUCGACCUCUGACCCGACCCCAAGAAAAGACCACGGAACGCCAAGACUGCUGCUGCACACCAGGGUUGUUUAUCGGGUCAGGCUAGGUUGACUCUUAUUAGAGCCACGGCCCUGGAGUCUCAGGGAUGGUCCUGUUUGGGCCUCAAGGGGAGGCAGCGCCCGGCACUGGCCUCGGACCCACAGCUGGCCCGAGGGAGUCAGGCUGCAGGUCAUGGCGGCUGGAUCCAGGUCCGGUGGUAGUUGCAUCUGCCGGUGCACCCUUUGCGCUAUGCGGUAUCCGGCCCCAUCCGGGUUGCGGCCCUCCAGUUGCCGCUUGCCCGUCACCAUCAGACAUUGGCCGUCCACUUGCACCAGCAGCUCGUCGGGAGUGAAGCCGUAGGUAUCCACCUUCAUCUGGAAGCCAUCCUCCACAGGGAAGUUCUGCGAAGCUGCCGAAUCGUCCCUGAGCAGCCGUACCGGUAGCGUGGCCACCUGGUUCUGUUCAGCGAGGGCUGCGCUGGGACAGGGGGAUGCCACCCGGCUCCUGCUGGGGAGACCGCUACCGACCCGCUGCAUCCGAGUGAGCAACUGCUAUCCAAGGGCAGUGGCGCGAGGCACGCGGGCAGCGGCGCGCACGUCCGGGGAGGUACUCGCGCAGCCUGGCUCCCUCAGUGACCCCGGGCCGGCCCGCUUCAGCAGUUUGGGGUCAGCCACGCGAAUCCUGCUUCCACAGGCCAGGUGGUCAGCCACCAUGGGGCACCGCUGCUGCUUUCAUCCUGACUCCUGCCCCACUCUCAGGCCCUUCCCCGCUUCGGUCACAGGGCCCCACGGCUCUGGGCUGUGACCCGCCUACGUACGCUGAACGACGCCGGACGUACGAUCCGGACCCUGGAGCGCUCGCAAGCACCGGGCGAAGACGAGAUUGAGCCGCUGCGCUCUUGCCCUUCCAAGAAUCUGUCCCGAGGACAAGGAUUGUCCCCUGGGACAGAGCCAACGGGAUGUGACCAUGGGGUCUUACAUUCUCCGAAACCCCUUUUUCUGACCGUGCACAAAUCCUGUGAUGACAGAUGGGGCUUGGGAGAUGAACGCGACUUCCCGGUUUCCUGCAUUCAUCAGACCCUGGGCCUUCUAUGGCAGGCUCAGGGCUGGGUUCCGGGACAAAAUUGAAGAGGCGGGCCCUGCCCUCGAGGUGCCCACGGGGUUACGGGGAGAGCCAUUCACAAACACUGGGAUGUGCCCUCCUUUACUUCUACCUCAUCCCCGUCUCAGUAUCCCUCGUGAUCAUGGCCAUACCCCUGGCGCUCGGUGAUUUUAUAAUAAUCCUUUAUUGCUGAAGUAUCACGUAUAUACAGAAAAGUCCACCAAAGAGUAGAGGGGAAGUAUCCCAAAGACAACACCACCCUUGCAACUUCACAGGUUCAGAAAGGUAACUGCUGCGUUUUAAUCUCCAUCAUAGGGGCAAGUCUGUGUCCGCAGUGCAGGCCAGGGCCGGGGUUGGGGCAGGAGGGGAUGUGCCAGGAAGCCAUCACAACUCCAGUCCCCAGAGCUGCACUUGCAUCCUCGUGGGCAGAACCUACGAUUCCCCUCAACUGAAGCCUGUUUUCUCAGAUGCUUCUCCAAGUCCCCAAGAAAACAGCAAUCUCCACUGUCCCAGAAGCCUCCAAGAGAGAAUGAAGUGAGGAGGAGCCAAUCUAGGGUAAUGGCUCAGGCUUCACUCGCUUGUCCGGGACCAAGAGACAAGACAGAAAAGUCUGGAAGCCGGAGGCAAAGGGAGCGGCAGUGAAAGACUACAAUUCCCGUCAUGCCCCGGCGCAGCGACGCCUGCGCACUGUGCGCCGGUUGCCCAUGCGGCCCUAGGGCUGGGAGCGCCGCGCCGCUCCGCUGCGGGGGAGGCCAUGGCGGAACCUACCCAGGCCUCAACCCCGGCGCCGGCCACGCAGUCCCGUCCCCUUCAGUCUCCAGCCCCUGCCCCAACUCCGACUCCUGCCCCCAGCCCGGCUUCAGCCCCGACUCCGGCUCCCACUCCGGCACCAGCCCCCGCCCCAGCUGCAGCCCCAGCCGGGAGCACAGGGACUGGGGCUCCCGGGGUAGGAAGUGGGGGGACCGGGAGCGGAGGGGAUCCGGCUCGACCUGGCCUGAGCCAGCAGCAGCGCGCCAGCCAGAGGAAGGCGCAAGUCCGGGGGCUGCCGCGCGCCAAGAAGCUUGAGAAGCUAGGGGUCUUCUCGGCUUGCAAGGCCAAUGAAACCUGCAAGUGUAAUGGCUGGAAAAACCCCAAGCCCCCCACUGCACCCCGCAUGGACCUACAGCAGCCAGCUGCCAACCUGAGCGAGCUAUGCCGCAGCUGUGAGCACCCCUUGGCUGACCACGUAUCCCACCUGGAGAAUGUGUCAGAGGAGGAGAUUAACCGGCUACUGGGUAUGGUGGUGGACGUGGAGAACCUAUUCAUGUCUGUUCAUAAGGAGGAGGACACAGACACUAAGCAGGUGUAUUUCUACCUCUUCAAGCUUCUGCGGAAAUGCAUCCUGCAGAUGACCCGGCCAGUGGUGGAGGGCUCCCUGGGCAGUCCCCCGUUUGAGAAGCCUAAUAUUGAACAGGGUGUGCUGAACUUUGUGCAAUACAAGUUUAGUCACCUCGCCCCUCGGGAGCGGCAGACGAUGUUUGAGCUCUCAAAGAUGUUCCUGCUCUGCCUUAACUACUGGAAGCUUGAGACGCCUGCCCAAUUUCGGCAGCGGUCUCAGGCCGAGGACGUGGCUACCUACAAGGUCAAUUAUACCAGAUGGCUCUGCUACUGCCACGUGCCCCAGAGCUGUGAUAGCCUCCCCCGCUACGAGACCACUCACAUCUUUGGGCGAAGCCUUCUCCGCUCUAUCUUCACUGUGACCCGGCGGCAGCUGCUAGAGAAAUUCCGGGUGGAAAAGGACAAGCUGGUGCCUGAGAAGAGGACCCUCAUCCUCACCCACUUCCCAAAAUUCCUGUCCAUGCUGGAGGAGGAGAUCUAUGGGGCGAACUCUCCGAUCUGGGAGUCGGGCUUCACCAUGCCGCCCUCAGAGGGGACCCAGCUGGUGCCCAGGCCAGGUACACGCCCUGCUACGGUCAGCGCGGCAGUUGUUCCCAGCGCCCCCAUCUUCAGCCCCACCAUGGGUGGGGGCAGCAACAGCUCCUUGAGUCUGGAUUCCGGAGGGGCUGAGCCCAUGCCAGGUGAGAAGAGGAAGCUCCCAGAGAACCUGACCCUGGAGGAUGCCAAGCGGCUCCGCGUGAUGGGCGACAUCCCCAUGGAGUUGGUCAACGAGGUCAUGCUCACCAUCACCGACCCUGCCGCCAUGCUGGGGCCUGAGACGAGCCUGCUGUCUGCCAACGCAGCCCGGGACGAGACGGCCCGCCUAGAGGAGCGCCGCGGCAUCAUUGAGUUCCAUGUCAUCGGCAACUCACUGACGCCCAAGGCCAACCGGCGGGUAUUGCUGUGGCUCGUGGGGCUGCAGAAUGUCUUCUCCCACCAGCUGCCGCGCAUGCCCAAGGAGUACAUCGCCCGCCUCGUCUUUGACCCGAAGCACAAGACUCUGGCCUUGAUCAAGGAUGGGCGGGUCAUUGGUGGGAUCUGCUUCCGCAUGUUUCCCACCCAGGGCUUCACAGAGAUUGUCUUCUGUGCUGUCACCUCAAAUGAGCAAGUCAAGGGCUAUGGGACUCACCUGAUGAACCACUUGAAGGAGUAUCACAUCAAACACAACAUUCUCUACUUCCUCACCUAUGCCGACGAGUACGCCAUUGGCUACUUCAAAAAGCAGGGCUUCUCCAAGGACAUCAAGGUUCCCAAGAGCCGCUACCUGGGCUACAUUAAGGACUAUGAGGGUGCAACAUUGAUGGAGUGUGAGCUGAAUCCCCGGAUCCCCUACACGGAGCUGUCCCACAUCAUCAAAAAGCAGAAGGAGAUCAUCAAGAAGCUGAUUGAGCGCAAACAAGCCCAGAUCCGAAAGGUCUACCCCGGGCUCAGCUGCUUCAAGGAGGGUGUGAGGCAGAUCCCUGUGGAGAGUGUCCCCGGCAUUCGAGAGACAGGCUGGAAGCCGUUGGGGAAGGAGAAGGGGAAGGAGCUGAAGGAUCCAGACCAGCUCUACACAACCCUCAAAAACUUGCUGGCCCAGAUCAAGUCACACCCCAGUGCCUGGCCCUUCAUGGAGCCUGUGAAGAAGUCAGAGGCCCCUGACUACUAUGAGGUCAUCCGCUUCCCUAUUGACCUGAAGACCAUGACGGAGCGACUGCGCAGCCGCUACUACGUCACCCGGAAGCUCUUUGUGGCUGACCUGCAGCGGGUCAUUGCCAACUGCCGCGAGUACAACCCCCCGGACAGCGAGUACUGCCGCUGUGCCAGCGCCCUGGAGAAGUUCUUCUACUUCAAGCUCAAGGAGGGUGGCCUCAUUGACAAGUAGCCUCUGGCUUUGGACCGCAGCCUUGACCUGGAAUGUCUCCACCUUGGGUUCUGAUCCCAUCCUGAGGGGUGCCCCUGGCGCCCAGGUUCCUCUCAGCUUAAAGCACUCCAGCCCCGGGCCCUGCAGCCCUUUCUGGAUCCUCAGGCACCCCCAAGCCUGCAGCUCUGUCCCACUCUCCGUUGUAUCUGACCUUGGGCAGGGAUCUCCUGGAUCUGGGGUUCAGCCCCUCUACAGUGGCUGGUGGCUAGAGGAUAAACCCUGCCCGGCCCCGGUGGCCCCCAGCCCUGUGUGCGCAGAGCCACGAAGUCCUGGAGGCCUCGGCCUCGCCUGGCCCACUGUUUGCUUGAGGGCUGAGACUGCCACUUUUAGCUCGUGGGAGGGGGCUUCAGGGUUUGGAAGUUAACUGGGACUGGAGUGGCCAUGCCUCACCCUGCACAGUUCUGUCUGUCCCCCAGGGGUGGGGGACCUGCGGACCAUUCAUUUCCUGGCAUUAAUCCCUCAGAGGGAACAAUAAAGCUUUUUUUUUUUUUUUUCUUUUU